UGAUUCCAAUCCAAACACACCGUAAACCCAAACUUAAUUCAAGAAAGUUGAGCAAGGAAAGAGUUCGAGCAAGAAGAGAGAACAUCCCACCAUUCUGCCUUCACUUCACCUCAAUUACACUCGCACACUCACACUCACUACGCUUUCUCUCUCUUCCUUCGCAGCAACCUUCAAUGGCUUCCAUCGCCCCCACGUGCUCCCCCACCUCUCUCCAGCUCCGAUGGGCCUUCAAUGGCCCCAAAUUCCCCGUUGCUCAACGCUUGCGCCUUCCCAACCACCUCAACCCUCGCCUCCUCCGCCCACUCCGCGCUGCUGCGCAAACCGGUAACGGCUCUGAAUUGUCUGGGUCCGGUUCUAACGCCGCCGAUGGGUUCUCCGGCUGGUCCGAAUCCGCAGAAGCGGAGCAGCCCAACACCCCCAAGAAGAAGGAAUCAUAUGGAGGGGUUGUGGGAGUAGGUGUAGCUGGAAUUCUUCUUCUUACAGGGCUUACAUUUGCUGCCUCAUCUCUUGGAAAACGAACUGCUUCCAGACCGGAGCAACAAAUGAAGGCCUUGACUGCACAGCAGGAGGCACUUGUGUCUUCUGAUGACCAUGAUGAUGAAGUCGCAGAACAAGUACGUGCUGACAACAAGGUGGAGCAAGGAAAUGGUAUAAUGGAAGGUCAGAUAGAUAUAUCAUCCAGGGAUUACUCAUCUCCGGAGUCUGAUAAUAUUCACAGUGACUAUAGAGUUGUUGAUGAUUCUGAUAUAGGAUCCCAGUUGAUUUAUGAUAAAACCUCCAAUGGCAAUGAUGAUGCCACUGAACAUAUAUCUGUUCAAGGAGACUUACAGCAUGAGUCAGCUCUUGAUGGCGAUUUAGUUGUUUCCAGUGAAAGCCCAAUGGCACUUGAAUCUGAAAAUACUCUUAAUUCUUUUAAUGUUUUUGGGUUUAGAGAUGUUGAUAGUAACCCUUCUUUAGAUGCAGCAGAAUCUACUGCUGAUGUUAAAGAAAUCAAUGUUGAACCAGGAAACAUGCCCAACAAUGAUGCUAAGCCACUACAUGUUGAUAAUGAGCAGCAGGAUGAAAUAACCAGUUCAGAUGGCAGUAGAAGUUCUAGUAAUGAGACUGAAAUCGCUAAUAUCAUGGUCAGUCCCGAGUCAAAUAACAGAAUUUCAGAUCCUAAGUUUUCUACUGAAGAUUCUCAAGAGAAUAUUCUACCAGCUUCAAAUAAAGAAAACAUUGACCCCAACAAAAUUCCACAGGUCUCAUCUGAGGGAAAUAAGUCAUCCUUCAAAGAGGAGAAUAUUCCUGGAAAUGACCUGUUUGGAAAAUCAUUAGACUCAUCAUCAACCAAUUCAUUGGAAAAUGAGGUUAGAAAUGAUAUAAAUGAAAUUAAUAAAGUUAGAUCUGAAUCUCCAAUUUCUGGAUCCCUUUUCUCUGCUCCCGGCAUUCCUGCUCCAUCAGUAGUUUCCACAGCUUUACAUGUGCUUCCUGGAAAAGUUUUGGUUCCUGCAGCUGUUGAUCAGGUUCAGGGGCAAGCACUAGCUGCAUUGCAAGUUUUAAAGGUCAUUGAGCCUGAUGUUCAACCUGGUGAUUUGUGCACACGUCGUGAAUAUGCUCGCUGGUUGGUGUCUGCUAGCAGUGCUCUUUCGAGGAGCACAAUUUCAAAAGUCUAUCCUGCCAUGUACAUAGGCAAUGUUACUGAGCUCGCAUUUGAUGAUAUCACCCCUGAGGAUCCUGAUUUUUCUUCCAUUCAAGGCUUGGCAGAAGCUGGGCUUAUUGAAAGCAGGCUUUCAAGACGUGAUAUACAGUUACCUUCUGAUGAAGAUGAUAGCCCAGUUUACUUCUCUCCUGAAAGCCCUUUAUCACGUCAGGAUCUUGUUAGUUGGAAAAUGGCCCUAGAGAAACGACAGCUUCCUGAAGCUGACAGAAAGAUGCUGUACCAACUUUCUGGUUUUAUCGACACUGAUAAGAUACAUCCUAAUGCAUGCCCUGCACUAGUAGCCGACCUGUCUGCUAGGGACCAGGGAAUAAUAGCACUAGCAUUUGGUUAUACCCGAUUGUUCCAGCCUGAUAAACCAGUAACAAAAGCCCAAGCAGCUAUUGCCCUUGCUACUGGAGAUGCUUCUGACAUAGUUAGUGAAGAGCUUGCACGCAUUGAAGCAGAAUCUAUGGCUGAAAAUGCCGUUACUGCACAUAGUGCUUUAGUAGCUCAAGUUGAGAAGGAUAUCAAUGCAAGUUUUGAGCAGGAGCUCCUCAUGGAGAGGGAAAAGAUUGAUACUAUUGAAAGGAUGGCUGAAGAGACAAGACUCGAGUUGGAAAGGUUAAGAGCUGAGAGAGAAGAAGAUAAUGUUGCCUUGGUUAAAGAACGUGCUGCUAUUGAAUCAGAAAUGGAGGUUUUUUCAAAGUUAAGGCAUGAGGUUCAGGAUGAAUUAGAAAGCCUAAUGAAUAACAAGGUAGAAAUAGCAUAUGAAAAAGAGAGGAUUAGAAAACUUCGGGAGCAAGCUGAAGUUGAAAACAGUGAGAUUGCCCGUUUACAGUAUGAGCUAGAGGUUGAACGAAAAGCCUUGUCCAUGGCCAGGGCUUGGGCAGAGGAUGAGGCCAAAAGAGUAAGAGAACAAGCAAGAGCCUUAGAGGAGGCUAGAGAUCGUUGGGAGAGGCAUGGAAUCAAAGUGGUGGUCGACGAUGAUCUCCGCAAGGAGGCCUCUGCCGAAGUUACAUGGCUCAAUGCUGGAGAGCAGUUCUCAGCUCAAGGAACGGUUGGUAGGGCUGAAAGUUUAUUGGACAAGCUCAAAAAAAUGGGUGCAGAUAUCAGAGGAAAGUCUAGAGAUAUAAUUGACAAAAUCAUCCACAUCAUUUCCCUAUACAUAUCGAAAAUGAGGGAAUGGGCAUCCAAAACAGGAAAACAGACUGAAGAAUUAGGAGAAGCUGUCAUCUCAAAGGCAGGUAAGUCAGCCACUGAGUUGCAGCAGAGUGCCCUUGAAUUUGGAUUUACUAUCAAAGAAGGUGCAAAGCGAGUUGCUGGUGAUUGCAGGGAAGGAGUUGAGAAAAUCACCCAAAAGUUCAAGACCUGAUCUCUCCUACUCUGCCCCUCCUAUAUUUUUUCAAUGCUUAUUGGCUGUUUGAUUGGCCAGAGCUCUAGUUUGAGUUUCUUUUUCCAGUGCUUCAACAGAGACAACACACACGGAUGCGGGAAUUUUGGCAGUUCUAACUUCUAAAACUGCCUUUCGUAAAUCAUGUGGAGCUAUGUUUGUAUAAUUGAAACUAGAUAUAAUUGUAGUUGAGGAAUAAAAUAACCUGUAACAUGGUGCCUUUAUUACUCAGUUGUCUGCAAUCGAUUAUGUAAAGAUAGAAAAAUAAAACCAAAGGACAACUUUUUUUUUAAGCA